UACAAACUCAAAUGUUUCGGACAAUUCCUUGGAAAAAAUGGAAACUUCUGCUGAUGAUACAAUGGCACUGGUUCCUUGCUCAGCUAUUAGAAAGUAUUCGUUAGAUUCCAAUGAUAAUAUGGAAUUAAAAAUAAAAAUAUUGAUGAAUUUGCCAAAGAUCAACCCGAUGCCGAUACUAUAAAAAUGUUUGUAGGUCAAGUACCCAAGUCAUGGGAUGAAAUGAAAUUGAGAGGUCUAUUUGAACAGUACGGCAGAGUUCAUACUCUGAAUGUGUUGCGCGAUAAAGUGACCAUGAUGAGCAGAGGGUGCUGUUUCGUAACCUAUUAUACACGUAAGGCUGCUCUGAGGGCCCAAGAUGCUUUACAUAAUAUCAAAAUAUUAGAUGGGAUGCAUCAUCCUAUACAAAUGAAACCGGCUGACAGUGAAAAUCGAAAUGGUAAGUUUAUUAAAAUCGAUAAAUGAAAUCUACAAUAUGAAUGCGAAAGAUCUCAAAUAACAUUUUGAUAUAUCUACAACUCUGUUCGAAGCAAACAAAACCCACACUCUGCCACAUGAACGAAUGACUUAAUAAAUGAUGGCAAAAUGUCAACGGUUUGUUAGAAAAUUAUCUAAAAUAAGAUUUAUUUAAUUUCAUGUAUAUGCGAGUAUUUCUCUGUUAACAAAAACAUUUAAAUUAUUUAUCAAAAUUCAAUCUGAAAAACAACAUACAUGAACAACUAAAAUAAACUAUACAACGUAGUGAAAACAAAAACUAAAGAAUUAUUUAAUUAAAUUGUGUAAAACAGAGAGAUGCAAAUGAAUAAAAGCAAAAAAGUGAUACAAUACUAAAUACAUACAUAAACAUUUUCAUUGAUAUGGUUGGAUAUGAUGAGUUUAAAACUUGUUGAUUUUUUGAUUAAAAUGCUUGCAUUCAUGCAACUAGACGACAAUCCUACACCGCUACCCCAGCCAAUCAACCAACCAGUCCACAUACACCAAGCUCAACGAUCAACAAGUGUGUGUUACUACUAGAGGAAUUUAUGAAAUUGCAAUGAAAACACAACUCUGUAAUUUUUUUCGCACAUUGUGAUUUUUGUCAGUCAGUCGUCUACUGCUUGGUUAGAAGCAAUUUUCUGUGUAUAGUGCUUUGUCGGUGCCUCUAUCUGUUUAGGUUGUAUGAAUAUGCAUGAAUAUGUUUUCGACAUGUUGUAAGUUAGAAAUAUUUAACAAAUGAAUUCUAAAUAUAUUUGUAUAUACGUAUGUAUGUAGUUUUUCUUCUAUGACAUUUGAUAAAAUGCCAGAAAUUUUAACAAUUCAAUCUUAUUUUGUUCGCUGUUCGAAGAAAAUAUUUCUACGUAGUAUGUAUGUACAUAAAAUGGCAAAAGAAUAAUAAAGCAAAAUAAUAUACAGUAGUAUAGCUGGGUGUGAAAAAGUGUUGUCAAUGUGGUUCGCAGAGGACAAUUGCACAUUGAAGAACAGAAGAAAUGUUCUUCAAAUUAGAUGCUCGGUUCCAUCGCUACUUAAGAAAAGCUAACUUA